AUGGGGGCUGCGCUGAGAAGAGAGGAGAGCCCGGAGGGGACAGGGGAGCCCCCCCGCCCCUCCCCGGUGCUGAAAGCCACGGGACAAGGGGCAGACCCCGCUUCCCGGUGUGUUCCGGUGCCCCCGCGCCCCGCGGUGUCCCGGGUGUCCCCGCUGUCCCCGCUGUCCCCGCUGUCCCCACCUCGCUCAUCCCGCCCGCUGUCGCCGCUGCCGAACACGGGAGGACAGGGGACAAGGGGGACACGAGGGACACGGGGGAGUGUGGGGGCACCGGGGAGUGACCGUGACCCCCCCGAGUGCCACCCUCCUGGUGGCGGUGACCCCUGGGGACAGGGCACAGGCGCUGCGCGGGGGUCCCGGGAUGGCGACAGGGACCUUCCCGUGGGGACAGCGGUGGCAGGACGGCCACCACCGUGUCCCCUCUGGGCUCUGCUGCUGGCAGCGUGUGACACGCGGUGCCACCCUCAGCCCGCGGCUGUGACACCCCGGCUGUCCCCUCUGUCCCCGUGUCCCUCUGUGGCCGCACCUGUGCUCCGCUGUCCCCGCCCCAGGUGCCACCCCAGGUGCCACCCGUCCCCUGUGUCCCCUCCGCCCCGCGCUCUGUCGCAGCCCCAAGUUCAAGGUUCAAACUCCACGCGGCCGCUCCUGGGAGCGCCGGCGACACGCGGGGACACGGGCAGGGGACACGCGGGGAAUGGAGGGGACACACGGAGACCGCCGGCGACACGCGGGGACCGCCGGGGACACGCGGGGACCCGAGGUCCCCUCGCUGCGUGGGGACAGUUCUCUGUCACCGGCGGCACCGGGGGACACCGGCUCAGGUACGGCAGCCGCGGGGACCCGCGGGGACCGCAGGGGACAGGAGGGGACAGGAGGGGACACACGGGGACACUCGGGGACACUCGGGAACACUCAGGGACAGGAGGGGACACACGGGGAUCGGAGGGGACACUCAGGGACAGGAGGGGAACAUUCGGGGGCUGGCGGGACACGCGGGGAGCAGCGGGGACAUUCCGGGACCAGCGGGGUCACUUUGUCCCCGUCGGGGACACGCGGGGACAGGAGGGGACCGACAGGGACUGGCGGGGACACGCGGGUGGUGGCACCACGGGACAGGGUGGCACCGCGGCCUCGAGGGGACGGCAGCGGUGGCGCUGGCGGCUGUGUGUCACCCCCGCUGUCGCCGUGUCCCCAGGCGUGUCCCUGCCGAGCCCCCCGGGCACGGAGCGCGGCCCCCGGGACCCCCCUGGGGACACGGAGCCCGACGGGGACAAAGUGUGCGCCGUGUGCGGGGACAGGGCCAACGGGUACCACUUCCACGUCAUGAGCUGCGAGGGCUGCAAGGGCUUCUUCAGGCGCUCCAUCAUCAAAGGUGUCCGCUUCACGUGUCCCCUGGCGCGGCGCUGCCCUGUCACCAAGGCCAAGCGGCGACAGUGCCAGGCGUGUCGCCUCCAGAAGUGCCUCGACGUGGGCAUGAGGAGGGACAUGAUCAUGUCGGAGGAGGCGCUGCGGCGGCGGCGGGAGCUGCGGGGACAGCGGGGCCAGCCCGGGGGACAGCGGGGCCAGCCCGGGGGACAGCGGGGACACGAGGGGCUGACGGCCGAGCAGCAGGAGCUGAUCGCGCUCCUCAUCGGCGCCCACCAGCGCACCUUCGACUCCAGCUUCUCGCAGUUCAUGCGCUGCUGGCCCGCCGUGCGCCUGCUGGUGCCCAGCCCGCCUGGCGCGGGUGUCGCCGCGGGGGUGUCGCUGUCGCUGUCGCCGUGCGAGGAGGCGCUGCCGGACGUGCUGACGCUGCUGCCGCAGUUCGCGGACCUGAGCACGUUCAUGAUCCAGCAGGUGAUCAAAUUCGCCAAGGAGAUCCCGGUGUUCAGGAGCUUGCCGCUGGAGGCGCAGAUCUCGCUGCUGAAAGGAGCCACGCUGGGCAUCUGCGAGAUCCGCUACAACACCGUCUUCAACCCCGCCACCAAGGCCUGGGAGUGCGGCCAGCGCUGCUACACCAUCCACGACGGGGCCCUGGCGGGAUUCCAGCAGGUGUACCUGGAGCCUCUGCUCAAGUUCCACGAGAGCCUGCGGCGCCUGCGGCUGCACGAGGCCGAGUACGCCCUGCUGCAGGCCAUGCUGCUCUUCUCGCCAGACCACGCCGGCAUCGCCCAGCGCGACGUCAUCGACCAGUUCCAGGAGCAGGUGGCGCUGACCCUGCAGAGCUACAUCGAGCACCAGCACCCCCCCCCCGAGGGCAGGUUCCUGUACGCCAAGCUGCUGCUGCUGCUGACGGAGCUGCAGACGCUGAUGGUGGAGAACAUGCGGCAGAUCCUGCACAUCCAGGACCUGUCGGCCAUGACGCCGCUGCUCUCCGAGAUCAUCAGCUGAGCGCGGCCCCCCGUGCCACCCCCCGGUCCCCAAGUGUCACCCCCGGCCGCCACCGGGCACAGAGUAAAGCUCCUUUAUUUAUCCGGGCUCCCGGGUGUGUCACCGCAGGGAAACUGAGGCACGGCCGCCGCGGCGCUGGGGACAACGGGGACCCCCAGUGGCAGCGGCCACCCCCAGGAGGUGGCACUGGGCACAACGGGGACCCCCGUCCCCCCCGUGGCGGUGUCACUCGCUGUCCCCAGCCCGCCGUGUCCCCGCGGGUCCCUGUGGCACCUGCAUGGCCCGGCCUGGCGGCUCCCUGAGCAGGACGGUGCCACUCGCCCGCUGUCCCUGCUGUCCUGUCCCUGCUGGCACAUCCCCUCUGUCCUGUCUCCGCUGUCCCUUCUCUCCUGUCCCUGCUGUCCUGUCCCCUCUGUCCUGUCCCCGCUGUCCUGUCCCUGCUGUCCCGUCCUGUCCCUGCUGUCCUGUCCCUGCUGUCCUCUGUCCUGUCCUGUCCCUGCUGUCCCCUGUCCUGUCCCUGUUGUCCUGUCCCUGCUGUCCUCUGUCCUGUCCUGUCCCUGCUGUCCCGUCCUGUCCCCUGUCCUGUCCUUGCUGUCCUGUUCCCUCUCUCCUGUCCCCUGUCCUGUCCCUGCUGUCCCCUGUCCUGUCCCUGCUGUCCUGUCCCUGCUGUCCUGUCCCCUGUCCUGUCCCCUCUGUCCUGUCCCUGCUGUCCCCUGUCCUGUCCUGUCUCUGCUGUCCUGUUCCCUCUCUCCUGUCCCCUGUCCUGUCCCCUGUCCUGUCCCCACU